GGACAUGUCCCGCCGCCGCUAGAGGAUGCAGCCGCCGCCCGCCCCCAUGGCCUCGCUCCUGCGCCUCUGCCUGCUCGGCCUCCUGGCAAGAAGCCUGGGCACCGACACAGAGGAGCGGCUGGUUGAGCACCUCCUGGACCCGUCCCGCUACAACAAGCUGAUCCGCCCGGCCACCAAUGGCUCGGAGCUGGUGACCGUGCAGCUCAUGGUGUCGCUGGCCCAGCUCAUCAGCGUGCAUGAGAGGGAACAGAUCAUGACGACCAACGUGUGGCUGACACAGGAGUGGGAGGAUUACCGCCUCACCUGGAAACCAGGGGACUUUGACAACAUGCAGAAGGUGCGCCUGCCCUCCAAGCACAUCUGGCUGCCGGACGUCGUCCUCUACAACAAUGCCGACGGGACGUACGAGGUCUCCUUUUACUCCAACGCGGUCGUCUCCUACGACGGCAGCAUCUUCUGGCUGCCCCCGGCCAUCUACAAGAGCGCCUGCAAGAUCGAGGUCAGGCACUUCCCGUUUGACCAGCAGAACUGCACCAUGAAGUUCCGCUCGUGGACCUACGACCGGACGGAGAUCGACCUGGUGUUGAAGAGCGACGUGGCCAGCCUGGAUGACUUCACGCCCAGCGGCGAGUGGGACAUCAUCGCCCUGCCAGGGCGGCGGAACGAGAACCCUGACGACUCCACCUACGUGGACAUCACCUACGACUUCAUCAUCCGCCGCAAGCCGCUCUUCUACACCAUCAACCUCAUCAUCCCCUGCAUCCUCAUCACCUCGCUGGCCAUCCUGGUCUUCUACCUGCCCUCUGACUGCGGCGAGAAGAUGACGCUCUGCAUCUCCGUGCUGCUGGCCCUCACCGUCUUCCUGCUGCUCAUCUCCAAGAUCGUGCCGCCCACCUCGCUGGACGUGCCGCUGGUGGGCAAGUACCUGAUGUUCACCAUGGUGCUGGUGACCUUCUCCAUCGUCACCAGCGUGUGUGUGCUCAACGUGCACCACCGCUCACCCACCACCCACACUAUGCCGCCCUGGGUCAAGGUGGUCUUCCUGGACAAGCUGCCCACCGUCCUCUUCAUGAAGCAGCCGCGCCAGAACUGUGCCCGCCAGCGGCUGCGCCAGCGCCGGCAGAACCAGGAGCACACCAGCAGCAGCUUCUUCUUGAGGGAGAGCGCCCGCUCCUGCACCUGCUUUGCCAACCAGGCCACCAUCACGAAGUUUGGCGCGGGGGGCGGCCGGCAGUUCACCGAGGCAGCUGACAGUGCCAAUGGCUACCGGGAGCGGCAGGGGCAGGCCCCAGCACCCAGCCAGCAGUGCUGCUGCGGGGUGGAGGAGGCGGUAGAUGGGGUGCGCUUCAUUGCAGACCACAUGAGGAGCGAGGACGAUGACCAGAGCGUGAGCGAGGACUGGAAAUACGUGGCCAUGGUGAUCGACCGCCUCUUCCUGUGGAUCUUCGUCUUUGUCUGUGUCUUCGGGACCAUCGGCAUGUUCCUCCAGCCACUCUUCCAGAACUACGCCACCAACUCCCUGCUGCAGCUCAACCACGGCCCGCCCAGCUCCAAAUAGGGCUGGGGGAAGGCAGGCGGCCUGCCCCGUGUGCACGGAGCCAUCAUCCCAUGCAGACAGCGGCCUGGUGCGCAUGGCUGGAGCACACAGGCCCGGGGGAGUCUGGGGAGGGGGCUCUCAGGGCCUUGCUGCUGUUUUCGGUGCUGCCUCUGCCCGAAGGGGUCCUGGCUCCUGCUGCUGGGGGUUGGGGGGGCGUGCUCCACGUCUGCCCCAUUGAGAGCAAAAUCCCAGGAACUAACGGAGGAGACAGGCUGGGCACAGAUCUAGCCCCAGACUUGAGGCCGGGUGCAGCUCGAGGUGCCCCGGCCCUUCCUGGGGGCGGGGGGGGGGGGAAGGACAGGACUGCUCCAGCAACUGUGCUUGGGGGACAAAGAGGGCUCUCCUCCCCCCAGAGAUCAGCGAGGCCAAACAGUCCCCACAGUAGCAAGGCGUGAGUGGAGUGGGGCCCUCGAUCUCUGCCGUGAAGCUGCUGCCAGGUCGCAUGUGGCUGGGGGCAGGGCUGGCUAGGCAUGCUCCAGCUCAUCAGGGCAGGGUGCAGGCAGCAGCUGGGGGUGAACGGGCCCCAGACACGUCCUCUGCACUGAGCCCGGAGCCCGUCGCUGUGUUCAGCCAACUGUG